AUGAAAAUAAAUACAACUACAGCUUUUUAUAUUUUGUUUACCAAGUAUUAAUUAAUUUAAUAAUUUAUUUAGUUGAAUAAUUUUAAUGUAUACCUAUUAUUGAAUAUCCUAUAAGGAAUAAAAACUAUUAAAAGAAUAUAAAAUGAAUGAUUCCACAUUCGCCAAUUAUGAGAAUUAUUUUUGUACAACAAGUCACCAGGUGACGGAGCUAAAUCCUCUAACACAAAAUAUAGAAUACGAUGAAAUGCCACCUACGAUUCAUUAUAUAAACAAUGUAUCAUGUGACAUGGCACCUUUAACACAAAAUGCCUCUGUGGAGCAGAGACAUCAACAAACCAACUUAUUUAACUUUAUCUCAAAUACACAUGAAGAACAGGAAAAGCUUGAUGGACAGUGUGCUAAUAAAAGGGCAGGCUCUGGUGGUGGUAAUAGUGGAGUGGGUAAUGUGGGAUCGUCGUCCAGUGUUUUUGGAAGUAUACCAUUUGUUCAAAUACACACUACAGACGUUCAGCUUCAACGUACCAGUUAUGGCAAUGUUUUUCGACGAAAUAUUAGUAGACAGGAGGAAAUUAAAUCGGAACCUAUUAAAUCCGAAAAUGCUGAAGCGGCCAAAGAUCGCACCAAUGCCACGCCCACACCACCCAGAGCCGCUAAUCAAACACAAAAUGAAAAUAAUAUGGAAGAUAUGGAUGCCUUGGCCUCCAAUGAAAAGCAAACGACCACCAGUAUUAGCAAUAAUAAUAUAGAAGAGAAAUCCUGUAUGUUACUACAAAUAUAUAAGUGUUCUAAGUGUCCCUUUAUAAGCCUAAGAGAGACUGAACGUGAUGAUCAUAUAGCCUCAGAGCAUGGAGAAAAUAGUGUUACUCAAAGUGAACCACGUCAGCCAAUUAAUUGUCCAGGUUGCAGUAAUAUCUUUUUCAAUCAAGAGUCUCUGCAGAUACAUUUAAAUUUAGAUCAUUUAAUGAGGGAAGACGAUGUUUUAAAAUUGAUAAAUACCUUUAUGGAAUCAAAGAGAAAAUCUAAUGAACCUGAAAGUAAUAAAUCUUUGGAAUCUAUACAUGAGGAAGCUCCCAAAGAACCCAUACGCAAAAGUAGAAUUUAUUUAAAAAAUGUCGAUUGUCUUAGAGAACCCAAUCGCCAGCCUAUGGAACAAACCGAUAAUCAGCUAACUGGAAAUACUUCCACUAACCACACACAAGAGCCUACCAAAACAAAUGCUCCCAAACAAAAAAUAUCCAUUAAAAGUGUUGAUGUCUUAAGGGAACCAGCCCUAUUAAGAAGAGAUUAUGCAAUGCAAAAUACCAAUAUAAAUAAUUUUCUAAAUUUCAAUACUGAUUUAUUAACUAGCAGCAUGGAUUUAAAUACCAACAACACCUAUGAGUACACACAAAAUUUAGACAAUACUAUUAACUCAACAAAUAUAAUUAAUAAUAACAAUAAUAAUAAUAAUGACUGCAGUCUGGUUAAUACAAAUAAUUCAAAUGGAGUUUCGGAAGUGGUGGAAAAACCUCGAAGACCUAAAAUCUAUGUGAAAAGUGUAGAAAGCUUUAAUUUAAUGCCGCUAGACUCUUUGCACUCUAACAGCAACAACAAUAACACCGGAUUUCUCAAUGAUCAUGGCAGUUUAUGUAGUAAUACCCAGGUUUACGACUCAACUAUGGUGCAUUUACCCUACAUGUUUGAUUCGAAUUCAAGCGGCAAUAAUUUGAAUAGCAAUGCUAAUUUUAUAAACAAUCAUAAUGACAUGGAUACGUUUCAAUUUAUUAACACCUCUAAUCCCAACAACAAUAAUUACAUAUUAGAAAACUCAAUAUUUUUGGGCAAUGGUGAAGAGCUUAAUGUAAAUAAUGGUGAACAAGUGGAAAAUAUUACUUUAAUACCGGACACUGCAACACCUACACCACCUUCAACGGCUGAUAUCAACUCAAUGAUGAACAAACCGGUAACUAACGCCCAAGAACAAAGAGGAACUCUCCACUUACGUACCGUCGACGAAUUGAAUCUAAUGAAUAAGACAGAAGUACAGCAUUUAAUAGCGCCCAAUUUAGACAACAAUCACACAAACGAAGUCUUGGAUAAAGUAAACUCAUCCAGUCUGAAUGACAUCAAUCUCAUAGGUGAUGAUUUGUAUGAAGAUGAUCAUUUUAAAUUUCAUGAUUUGGACACCCAAAUGGUCAACGAUUGGCCAGAAACCUACGAAGAUCUAGCCGAGGAUAUUAACUGUAUAAUAGCUGAUGCUUCAAAUGAAAAUAGUGCUGAGAAUUUGGUCUAUACUGUGAACACUAACAACAAUCAAAAGUUGACCAGCAGUAAUUUUGAUAUUGACACGCCUCAGGUUUCUUUAAUAACCAUACGUGAUAUAGAGGAAUUAACUGGUACAGCAAAUCAUGCUGUUAUACAUUCAGCAAUAGAUCAUCAACAAGACUUAAUAGCAGAAGAAAUACAAGAUAGUCAGAAUGAUGUAGCGGCCGAUUUGGAUAUUGUAAGUCAGGAAUCUUUGAUGGCCAUACAAAGCUUAACUGAAAGUGUUAGUGACAGCAAUCUCAAAAGAGAAUUAGCUAAUGCUACGCCUGAAUCUAAUGAAAACUCCGCGGCUUCUAAAGUUAUGGAAACAAAUACCACCCAAGAAAAUAAUAAUAAAUCAAUAGCUUCAGUUAGUGAAGUGCCACCUUUAGUGCCGGUAACAAAUACCACCACAGAUUUAGCUGAUGCCAACAAUAUAAAUCCUUUACCCAACAGUAAUAUACCUUUACCACCCUUAGUACCCGUUUCGCCCAUGAUCAAUUUUAAUAAUAACAUAAACAAAGCCUUGCCAAAACAAACUUCUCCGGUAGAAAAAGGUCGCAUAUAUGUAGCUAAUAAUCUAAUGGAGCCCCCUAAACGUCCUUUAGCAGUCGCAGCAACCAGUGGCACCUCGGUAAGAGGACGACCAUUCGGUUCUAAUCGCACACGCAUUACCAAACUAAAGCAAACCAUCGGCAGUUCAGCCGAAGAUUUAUUCUCAAAAUGUUCGGUUAAAGGCUGUGCAUUUCGCUUUAAGAAACCCGAAACCGUGGAAUAUCAUCGCAAAUGCCAUGAUAUUUCCUCGGACAACCCACAGGCCGCCAUAUGUCCUGAAUGUAAAUCAACAGAAUUCACCAAUUGGAAUACUCUACAUACUCACCUGUGGCGGGUCCAUCAAAUCGAUAUGGAGCUAUAUAAAUGUGAGCUGUGCGAAUUUAAAACACCCAUAUUUUCACGACUGGUCAAUACACAUGCCAAAAUUCACUAUGACGAUCGCAACUAUAAGUGUGAACACUGCGAAAAGGCUUUCAAAAAUUCCAAGCAACUGAAAAAUCAUCGUCGCUGGCAUCGUGUGCAAGCGGCAACAGCUGUUACCCCAAAUGUGCCCAAAGCCUCACCAACCGAGAUACAUCGUUGCUGUGACUGUGGUUCAACCUUUUCGCAGCAGAAAACUUUGCGUGAACAUUGUUGCAAGAAAGGCGAUUCCUCACUAAAGUGCUCAGUAUGCGAAAAGCUAAUGAGUUCGAAGUCAUCGCUAAAAUUGCAUUUAUUAACGCAUAGUGAUGGCGAGAAACGUUAUAAAUGUCAAGAUUGUGAUUAUGCCACAAAUGAUCACAAUGCCUUUCGAAGACAUCGCAUGGGUCAUGAAAAUCGCAAAAUGUAUGAAUGCAAUUUUUGUACCUACAAAUUUGUGCAAAGUGUGGCAUAUCAGAAACAUAUUUUACAAAAACAUCCCGAAAAAGCCGAUUCAGUUAUACAUAAAUGUUCGGUCUGCUCUUACUCCACCAUUAAUCGUUCCCUACUCGUGGUGCACCAGGCUAAACAUGAUAAAAUUCCAGAUGAUGUAGCAAAAUCAAAAGCUUCCGAGGAAAGUUCGGUGGGAAAAAUUACUGAAAAAUCCGCCACAGAACUUCAGAAAAGCAAAAUUAAAGUCAAAAGUAAUUUAUUUACCAGAAACACUACGGAAACUGUGGUGAAUAUUAAUCAUAACGAUUUGAAUCUAGUGCAAUUAUAUAAUGUCGAUAGCGGCAGUGUUACUUAAUAAAUGUGUGUGUUUUAUACAUAA